AUGUUUAUGAUAAAAAAAAUUGAAAGGUUUAAGAAAAUAAUAAAUAUCAUACCGACAAUAUUAUGAUAUUUAUAGCUAACAUGUGAAUGAAUGAUAUAAAGUUAUAAAACUAUAUAUAUAUAUAUUCAACUUAUGUAUACUAUUAUCUUUAAAAAAUAAUUAUGUUUUGAAUUUAGGAAGUGGAUAUAUAUCCAGUCGUUUUCGAAUUGAUAUAAUUUUAUCCAUAAUCAAGCUUUUUAAAUGUAUAUUAAAUGUCUAGUUCGAAAAUUAAAGGGAUAAACAUGAUAAUAUGGUUUCCCUAUUGUUAUGGGACUAGAUAACCUUUACCUAGCUAGCAUAGGAUAUUCUUACGUUGUAUAUAUACUCAGCCUAUUGUAUCAAUAAACACACGCUUUCAUAAUAUAUUUCAUGGUAUCAGAGCUAGAGCUAAGAUCUUACAACUCUCUGACCUAAUUCUCACCAUUAAGCUUUUUAUGAACACCUAACCCAAUAAAAUAAAGUUAGAAUCAUUGGUUGUCCGUAUAUGAAAUUAAACUCGAUCAAUUUUUAAAAUCUUGUUGUUGUGUUUAUUUUUGUGUGUUGUUUGUUUCGAUGCAUCACUAAAUAAUGGAGGAAACUUUGUCGUUAUUUUACAAUAUCUAAUUUUGUCGAUUUCAAAAGAGUACGUACGUGUGUAGUAUCACAUACCACUAGCUUAAUUUGAACCAGAGACAGCCGUUGAUCCACACCUGUUUUCUUUUCUCAAUUUUUUUCUCAACAAAUAAAAACCGUGUUUUCUAAAAAAAAUUGUUGCCGUGCAUUAGACUCUAUAUAUAUACCAAUAAUUCAGAUCGAGAAUAAUUAGAAUCCAGAUACUUUCAUCACGACUUUCUCUUCAAAAAAAAUCAAGAAUAAGAAGAAAAAGUUGAAAAGAUCGAGCUAUCAUGGUUAUAUCAGAACUAGGAAGAAGAAGCUUUUUAACUAGAGCUGAGAUGGUACCGGCUCCGAUGAUUUCUCGCCGGAGAUGUUCGAUGUCUCCGACGCUAGAGACCAUUUUCGAAGAAAGGUUUGAUGAUUUAAAUUAUCAAGAAUAUUCUUCUAAAGUUGUGGUGGGACAAGGACACCGUCUUUUUCUCCUCGUUCCGGCGAUCAUAUCGGCCGUUUCUUGUGUUUUGUUGUAUAGACAUGAUCGUGUUAAUCGAUUUUCUUGAAAAUAUUUACAUAUAUGUAUAAGCAUUUCAAUGUAACUUGUGUAAAAUCAGAAGAGCCUUUUUCGUUGUGUGGUAAAUGUAUAAGCAGAAGACUUUUCUAUAUAUAAUCUCAUGCUUAGUGAUUAAAAAACA